AGGCUUGUCAGACUUCCCAUUCGUAUACAAACAAUUGCACAAGGUUCAGUCAUUCAGCAUUUCACAGCCUGUCCACCUUCAAUCAAGAGCUCCCACACUAAAGCUGGUAUGCAAACCAUUGUGCUGUUGGUGCUGUGGAUACUGGGAAUAUCACUGGUGUUGCCCGACCCAGACACAGCUGGAGAGAGGGGGACUGAAGAGCCUAUCCCAUGUUCUAGGGGAUGCACCUGCCUGUACGAUGACUACAGCUUGGAGCUCAACAUGUAUUGCAGCGCUCGGAACUUCACCCAAAUCCCGUCUGACAUGCCAACAUCCACUCACUCUCUCUGGCUGGAUGGCAACCUGUUCACCUCUCUCCCUGCCAUGUCCUUUAAGGAUCUUGCUAACCUGAACUUUUUGAAUCUGCAGAGUGGCCAACUGGUAACACUUGACCCUCAGGCAUUCAAAGGACUUAGGUCGCUAGCACACAUCCACCUUGAGCGAAAUUUUCUACGCACGUUACCAGGUACAGUCUUCCAGAAUACACCUAACCUUGCUUCACUCAGUCUGCACAACAACCAGCUUACUCGUAUUGAGGAACGGCUGUUUUCUGGACUCUCGCACAUGUGGCUUCUCAACCUUGGGUGGAACUCGCUAGCCGUCUUACCUGAGACAGCUUUCCAGGACCUGCAAGGUCUACGAGAGCUUUUUCUGGCAGGGAACAGACUCGCUUACUUGCAGCCACAGCUCUUCCAGAACCUUGUUGAGCUUAAAGAGUUGGAUCUAACCGGAAAUUACAUCAAGGUCAUCAAAGCUAAUGUGUUUGUUAAACUCACUAAACUGCAAAAGCUGUACCUGGCCCAGAAUCACAUUGUGACCGUGGUUCCUAGAGCAUUUGCAGGCAUGAAGUCGCUCAGAUGGUUGGAUCUGACAAACAACAGGCUGACUACUCUGCAUGACGACACUUUCUUGGGCCUGCACAGUCUCCAUGUGCUGCGUCUCUCCAACAACUCCAUAACUGGAAUUAGGCCCCGGACUUUCCGUGACCUGCAGUACUUGGAGGAACUACGUCUCAGUUACAACAGGAUCCGAGCCCUGGGGGAGAGGAUCUUUGAAGGGCUUGGUCAUCUGGAGGUCUUAGAGCUAGAACACAACCAAGUGCAGGAGGCCCAAGUGGGUAGUUUCACGGGCCUGUCUCAUGUGGCUGUCAUCAACCUGUCUGGAAGCUGCUUUCUCAGUCUGCCUGACCAAGUAUUCAAGGGCCUGUCAAAGCUUCACAGCCUUCAUCUGGACAAAGGCUGCCUAACCAGGAUCACAUCUCAAGCUUUCACUGGACUCUCUGGUCUGAGGAGGCUUUUCCUGCAGCAUAACAACAUCUCUGUGGUAGAACGCCACAGCUUUGGAGAUCUGGUGGGCUUACUGGGACUGGACAUGAGUUUUAACAAAUUGGAGGUCCUCACAACCAACACAUUCUCUGGCCUCAAGAACAUGGAGUACUUGCUGCUGUCCAACAACGACUGUCGACAGUUUUUGCAGAAUGGCACAAAACAGCUGCUUCCGCGGCUGCGCUACCUGGACCUGAGAACCAACGCCUUGACAGUCAUGGUCCCCGAGUUCCCAGAGUGCAUGGAAAAACUUUUGCUGUCUGGAAACCGUUGGAAAUGUGACUGCAGCACCCUCCCGCUCAGAAACUACAGCUUGAGGAAUCCGCUGGUGAUACCUCGGCAAGUGGAGACCCACGCAGAGGGUGAAGAGCCUGACACGACCAUCACCAUAUACAACAACAUUACAUGCACCAGCCCACCACGUCUCGCUGGUCAGGACCUACGCGAUAUUGACAAUGAAUUCUACCAAAGCUGCUAAGCAGACACAGGCAUGUUUAGAGAAUUUGUUUGUACACAGCACAGAAUAUUACAAAACUGCUACCCGUUAUAUUUUUAACAGUAUAAAUUCACUCAGCUUUUGAUUUCAAUACUGGAACAGUGGAAAAAGUUCUUAUUAAACAUCUUCAACAAUAAUAGAUCAAUUGUUGUCAUCUGUAGCCUGUAUAAAUUUGAUUCAGAUUUGAAGGUUGAAACAACAAAUAUUUCUUUGGCUUCAUUCAGUUUUAUGUGGAUAUAAUGAAAGUGAAUGAUUGAUUGUGACACCAUGUGAUGACAGCUGGUGAAGUGUCACCUCUCUGCAGAAUAAGAAACAUUUAAGGGAACCAAUCCACAACAAAAGCUUUGGGACCAAUUUCGUUUACACUGACAUGAGAACUGUAAGAAGUUAUGCAGCGAUAUAUUUGAUGCAUUUGAAGGUGCUACACCUGAAUCACUAUUCAUGCCAGUUACAUAACAAUGUGAAAGUGUAAUAAUCAAUGUGUCGCGGUGGUCAUGUGCAAUGUGGGCGAAUAAAAAAACACUGCAACAGGAAAAA